AUGGAUUCAAGUCGAAAGGAGCUUGGCAAUGUGCUUUCUGUCAUCGCAGACCUAACACAGAGGAUUGAAACUUUAGAAAAAGCAUUUCACGAAAACUCGGUGUCGAGACCAAAAGGUGAGACGGGCGCAGAGAAAGAAGGUGAUAAGUCGAAGCAAGAGGUGGAUUCGGCUGUACAACAGGAUAGUCCUCAAGUUGAGGAUAGUGAAGAAACCAAGACCGAUCUCUUGAGAAAGUUUGUUGAGUUUCGAAAGGAGGUGCCGGGUGAUGACCUAACAACGCAAUGGGUAUCCGAUAGCAAGGCAGACUUGGAGACGGAAGACUCACCUUCGGGAAGGCAAUCUUUCCGCUACGAUACAACACUGCGUGGGGAUCUUAUAUUCACGGUGUAUAAAUCAGCGGCCUUGCAUGGCAUCUUAUCCGAUCUCUGCCCGCCCGCCCACGAAGGUCAAGUUAAGGUCUUCGACGAUCGUCUCGAAAUCAUCGGUGCGUAUCCUCUCCUCCAUUGCCGCAAUAGGCUCAUGGCAAUGGAGAAGACGGACGUAGAUGAGGAUACGAAAGCCGAGUUGGAAGUUAUGCGUCAGCUGUACGAGCGGAAGUCCCACCUGAUCCGGACGGGGAAGCACCUAGAUGAACUGAUUAAGAAGCAAAAGAUCGACUACGACGGGCUACGGGGUCUGUUCCGCAAAGAUCAGUUAGUAGUCUUUCGUGAGCUCCGGGAUGAGUGGGCCGUUGCUCGCGUGCGUACGUUUACCAUUGACAGUCUUGAUGAUAUCCGCUAUAAUACGGACGAACUACAGCUGGAAUGCGAAGCUAUUGACUCUGAUGGCAAGAAUUACAAAAACCGUCUAUACCGCAAAGAGAUCGAGAAAUUCGUAGGCACAAAGAAUAUCACAGAACUGGAAGUAUAUCCAUUGCAAUUCCACCCUGGUAAAGAAUCGCUCAUCGAAAUAUCGAUCAAGUCGGGGAAGCGAUGGUGCGAGCUACAUGCCCAAUUAAACGAAAGUGGUCAGCCUGUAGCCAAAGUUAUGCAAUACGUUGGGUACUGCGAGACAUUCAUUGAGGGUUCUAAUGAUGAUGGCGUUGGUAGAGAAAUUGCCGGAAGAGUCAUUGUCGAUCCUACGAAGUUUCCCGACCGGUGUAUAACGUUUGUGGAACACAACAUCGAUCCGUUCGGCAUCAAGUGUCUUGAUGGAGAGACUGAGGUCGAUUCGCUGGUCCUAUGUCCAGAAAAGGUUCUCGUAUAUAGCCUCAGCGAUAAUGAGUGGUAUAAUGUUGCAAUGCGUAAGCUAGAGUUUCCUACCUGGAUCCAGAGCGCCUGGAAGCGCUUGGUCAAACCUGAGUCGACGCUUGCCGCAGACUCGAUUGAUCGCAUCCAGCGCCUAGCCAGAGCUCACGCCCACUACAAGCAAGCAAGAGAAAUUGACAAAAACCCCAAUAAUUUCCGAGGGAAAGGGAAGGGGCUGACCUUCCUACUCCACGGGCCUCCUGGAGUUGGAAAGACGAUGUUGGCCGAAUGUCUUUCCGAGGAACACCAAAGACCACUAUAUAGAGUGAACUUGGGAAUGCUUGUUGCCGACGACAGUUGGGAAUCCACAAUAGAAGAGAUAUUCCGGCAAGCACACUUCUGGGAUGCCAUUCUACUAAUCGACGAAGCGGAGGUCGUCAUGUCGGAAAGGACCCCUGAAAAUAUGCGUAGUUCGGCAUGGGUCGCGGUAUUUCUACGCAAGAUCGAAUACUUCGAAGGUAUUCUAUUCCUUACCACAAAUCAGAUCCACAUGAUAGAUCCAGCUUUCAUAUCCCGUGUUAAUCUCGGCAUGGCAUUUCCGGAACUAGAGUACGAAACGCGCCUGCAGAUCUGGAAAAGCAUAUUUAGUCAGGAUGAUGAUGCUAAUGCGGCUAUUUGGUUAUCUGACUCGAAAGAGACAACAUUGAGAAAAUGGGCUACUAAACCGCUAAAUGGCCGGCAGAUCAGGAACGUGAUUUAUUCUGCACGACUCCUAGGGGAUUCAGGAGGUAAAAUUACCGAAAACGGCAUCGAAGAUUGUUUACGAGACGUUAUAAAUUUUAUGGAUAUGAUAGAGAAAAAGAAAAAAGAAAAUGACAUGAGCUAUAUGUCUCACUGGUCUUGA